AAGUGAAGUUGGCAUGAUGUUGACGUUGGUUAUAGGCGCAGUGUGUAUACUGUGCCAUGCAUACGCACAGAAUGAGACAGAACCCAUCGUGCUGGAGGGGAAAUGCUUGGUCGUGUGCGACUCAAAUCCCACCUCGGACCCCACCGGGACGGCUCUUGGUAUAUCGGUGCGUUCGGGGAGCGCCAAAGUAGCUUUUUCCGCGGUGAGGAACACGAACCAUGAACCGUCUGAGAUGAGCAAUAAAACAAUGGUGAUCUACUUUGAUCAGGUACUUGUGAACGUUGGUAAAAGCUUCGACGAGGAAAGGAGCAAUUUCUUCGCCCCUCGCAAAGGGAUAUACAGUUUUAAUUUCCACGUAGUGAAAGUGUAUAACCGUCAAACGAUCCAGGUGAGCCUGAUGCACAAUGGCUGGCCAGUUAUAUCUGCCUUUGCUGGGGAUCAGGACGUCACACGUGAAGCAGCCAGUAACGGCAUCCUGCUUCAAAUGGAGAAAGGUGACCGUGCCUACCUCAAGCUGGAACGAGGCAACCUGAUGGGUGGUUGGAAGUACUCCACCUUCUCUGGCUUCCUGGUCUUCCCCCUGUAGAGGGGGGCAUGCCAUGGAGGGACUAUUGCUCUUUAGCUCGCCAGCUUGUAUGAGAUAGGAAGGAUAUUAGGGUGGAUGAGAGAUAGAAUGAUAGAGAGAAUGUACAGAAAAAAUAUAGAAAGAGAAAAUUAGUGUGGCAGGAUCUCAUUUGCACUCACUUUGUUCUGCUGCUUGACUACAGCACUGGACAGCCAAAACUUUUUUAUUAUCCUUAUAAUAAAUGAUAAUUGAAAUUAUAUGGAAAGAAAACAUACAGAGGAUUGAAGCCCUUCACCCAUAUUCAUUCCAUCACAAUCCGCCCUCAGAAAACGUAAUCUGCUUUAAGGAUUGUCCUUCAGCAGCCCAGAGCGCCAUUUUAAACAGGCCACAUCUUUGUAUAUUCUCUUCAUACAUGCAUACCGUGAGUCUCAAAUACCAUUGUCAUUCCUCUUAGUGAGUCCAGUCGCUUUUCUCUGGUCUGCUCUACUGCUCCUCUAACUCACCCUUUCUUUUCUCAGAGAGGGCGUAUUCGCUCUGUCAUGACUGCAGGAUCUCUGAAUCCUCACAAAAGACUGCAUACUGAAAAUAUACAUACAUGCAUAAAAAGUCUUAAAGUUUCUAUAUGAUUAUGAUAUACUCAAUGCCUAAAUCGAACUGUAUUUCUGUAUUUCAGUGUUAAUACUUAGUGAUUGUGUGUGGAUUAUCAGGCUGCUGUCCAACUACCAAUGCUUCUUGUUUUUGUUUUGGUCGAAAAUGUGGCUAAAAUGAAACUAUAUCAGAAAUACUAUAAAGUACAAAGUUUAUUAUAAUUUAUUGUAAGAUAUUUGUGAAUAUUUAGCAGACAAACCCCUCCCUUUUGAUUAGUUAAGUUAAAUAUUGAUUUUCUUUUUUCUUUGAUUCAAUAAAAAUUAAAUGUUACUUAUUAUUUUUCUUAAUCUGAUGCUGUGCUUUGAGAUUUAAGAUUGAAGCCUACAGAUAUAGAGAGAUAUACACAAACACAAAAUCUUAUCUUACAGCAAUGACAC